CCACAGGUGCGCGCCGCUGCGUCCCCUUGGCACAGCGCCCCGGAGAUGCUGGAGAGAGACGCCCGGCUGCCCCGUGGCGCGCACCGCUUCCCGUCCGAGGAAGCCUCCUUUUGACUCGCCCCCGACUCCGGUGGUGAUGGCCACCGCCACGUCGAACCACUUCAGCGUCCUCAGCGCCCCCGGCAGCGCGCCGCAGCCGCAGCCUCCGCCGCCGCCGCCGCCGCACACGGAAUCCGGGAGCAUGCAGCAGCAGCAGCAGGCGUACAGGGACGCGCACGCCCUCCUCCAGAGCGACUACGGCGGCUUGCCGGGUGGCGCGCACUCGCUCAGCCACGCGCACCAGUGGAUCGCGGCGUUGUCUCACGGGGACGGCGGGGCGACGUGGCCCCCCAGCCCCCUCGGCGAGCAGGACGUCAAGCCGGUGCUGCACGACGCCGACCGCGAGGAGCUGCGCGACUCCGGCGGCGACGCGCAGCAACAGCGACACCCUCACGCCGCGCAUCACGACGCCAGAGCAUGGCGCACCGGCAGCACCGCCUCCACGCACAUCCCCGCCAUGGCGACGUCUGAGGGCCAGGGCUUGCUCUACGCCCAGUCCGGCUUCGGCAUGAUGCCCGGGGGGGACCAAGGGGGCCUGCACCACCACGCACACCCGCACCACCACCACCCUCUGCGGGACGAGGAGCACCACAGCCACAGCCCGCACCUGAGCGACCACGGAGGCGGGCCGGGCAGCCACCAGCAGCCGCAACAGCAGCAGCAGCAGCACGGGGGCCACCAGGACCAGUCCGACGAGGACACGCCGACCUCGGACGAGCUGGAGCAGUUCGCCAAGCAGUUCAAGCAGCGACGCAUCAAGCUGGGCUUCACCCAGGCGGACGUGGGUCUGGCCCUGGGGACCCUCUACGGCAACGUCUUCUCCCAGACCACCAUCUGCAGGUUCGAGGCGCUGCAGCUCAGCUUCAAGAACAUGUGCAAGCUGAAGCCCCUGCUGAACAAGUGGCUGGAGGAGGCCGACUCCACCUCGGGGAGCCCCACCAGCCUGGACAAAAUCGCCGCGCAGGGCAGGAAGAGGAAAAAGAGGACCUCCAUCGAGGUGGGCGUCAAGGGGGCCUUGGAGAGCCACUUCCUCAAGUGUCCCAAGCCCGGGGCGGCGGAGAUCAACUCCCUGGCGGACAGCCUGCAGCUGGAGAAGGAGGUGGUUCGGGUUUGGUUCUGUAACAGGAGGCAGAAGGAGAAGAGGAUGACGCCCGCUGGAGGGCAACUACCGGGGGGGGAGGACAUGUACGGGGACAGCCCCCCUCACCACGGAGGGCAGACCCCUGUGCAGUGACCCGCUCUCGUCCUCUGGACCUAAUCAGGCCAUUUUCCACACACAACAUGUCGACCCGCAAGGACACCCUGGAUUUAGCAGACAGCAGGAUGGAGGUUUCCUGCACGCUGCGGAACUCAUGGCGACUAUUAUGGGAUGUACUAUGGCAUGUAUUUUGGGAUGUGGCCGCCGUGGGCAGACAAGAAAAAAACAAAUUUCUUGCGUCUGUGUGCAGACAAGGUGCUUCGUUGUUGCCAAAUGGCGUGCAAACAGGCUGUGUGUGAAAUGUGGAUGUUUUUCCACGGGCUGGAUGAACCGCAGUGAGGGGUAAAUACGCGCCAUCUUUCCGGGGAACAAAAGCAACAGGGGUUCCACGGCGACGUGAGGAAGGAAAUAGCAGACUAUGACAUUUCAAGCCAGCAAAAACAUCAUCAUUAUUAUUAUUGUUGUUGUUAUUAUUUGACGAAUCUCUUAAUCAGCCUGCUGUUAUUGUCGUGGGUCCUGAUUGCUAUACUGCUACACUCAUUCAUAUUAUUUAUAAUUACAAUUCAAUUGAAUAUACAAAUCAUUUUUGCUACGACCACAGCACAUUUCUACUGAAAACUCUUUAUAUACACCAUUUCAUAAUAAUAAUAAUACAACAAUAAUGACAAUAAUAAUAACUGAGAGCUAUUAUUGCUUCACUUAAAAGCUUUUUCUGUGCAGUGUGUUUUGCUGUUUGUUAUUUCUGUACUUUUCCAGAAAAAAAGGGGUUUAAAAAAAUGCCUGGAGAUUUAAACAAACAAAAAAAAAGCAAUCCAAUUUUGCCUUCGUCUCCUAUGAAGAUGGAGCACAUUAAUAAAAAAAAAUAAUGAAAUAAAAGUAAUAAUAAUAAUAAAAGAAGUGAGAUAUCUCCUGGCAUAGCAUCUCUACUGUAGGAUUCACACCUUCACCCAGACUAUUUGUGGGAUGUAUCUCAUCUGUCUUUUGGGUUUUUGUAUACGCCUUGUUUUCUAUGUUUGUUUCUCUUGUCAGUCUGUGCCAACACACACACACACACACACACACACACACACACACACUUUAUUGUGCUACUGUGACAAGUAACCUUAUCUGAUGAGGUUGUACCAUAUAUGGAGGCUGAAGAGACUUCAUUCUCCUGAUAAAUUGGGGAGAAAAUCAGAAACUCAAAUGCAGCUUGAUGAUGUGAGGAUGUGGAAUAUAUACUCAUUAUAAAUAUAUACUCAGUAUAUAUAUAUAUAUACUCAGUAUAAAUACUAAGGCCAUUUUUUUUAGUGUGUGCAUUGUAACAACAUGCACAACAACACAAAAGCUUCCUGAAUGUAAAGGCUAUAUAGACAACAUACUUACAGGAAUGGUUAUUAUCAUUAUUAGCAUUAUUAUUAUUAUAGAUAAUAAUAUUUUUUCCCAGCAGGCCCAGCUGUAUUUGAGUUUCUGUGUGGGUGGAAGGGAGUGGAAAUGAAUACAAAACCAAAACAAAUCACUAUCGACCUGAAAUCUGUGACGAGGAAAACAAAUCAACGAUUGCACAAUUUCUAUACAUGCUUUUUUGUCAUUAAAUCCUAUUUGUUUUCUAUGA